CAGUUUUGUGGGUUUUUUAACUUCUAAUUUUUGCUUUUUUGGUCUAUUGUAGCGGUAUUUAUAGGUGCAGCUCUUUCUUUUGUCUCAAAAGAAUACCUUCGUUUGUUAUGGAAGGUUGUUAAAAGAUUAAGACAUUUUGUAAUGUGUCACGCCGAAGAUGGUACGAUGACAUCACAGUCCGACUGGAGCUGGGUCAAGAAGUCAGCACACUUUUGGAUGUUGUAUUCGGAACUGAUAAACCGCGGUGUGAAGCGUUGUAUAGUUCCGUUUGUCCAUCAUUUUGACGUGCAAACAAAAUGCUUAACAUUCUCAUCAUUGAAAGAGGAUUUAAAACGGACUUGGAAAAAGGAAGGUUUAGUCAUUAGUGCAAGUUUAUGGUAAAAGAGAACGAUCGCGCCCAGGAAAAUUUACUAAAUGUUGUCCGACCACCAUUUCUGGUUUUGAAUCUUUGCGAAGGAUGGAUAAUUCGCCAAGAAGUAACGGACCACAAGUAUACUCUACAGAGGUCGGCGAAAAUGAGAUUGACUACAAACAAAGAUGUAAAUAUUUGGAAAAUCAACUCGAGAAAUUUCGGGAGCAAGCGGCGAAAGUCCGCGAAGUUAUUGGUCACAAGUUAAAAGACUUGGAAGAACAGUCAAGAAAUGCUAACGCAAGAGCUGCAGAAACUGCUCAGCAGGUCCAGCGUUUGGAGACUUUGCUUGCAGUGAAAGAUCAAACAGUUGCACAUUUAGAGACUGAACUUGAAAGCGAGAAACAAAGGCGAAUCGUUCGUGAAAGAGAAGUUGAAGAUAAAGCUGCUCAUAUCAAAAACUGGAUGCAUAACAAGAUUUCCGAGUAUGAAGACAAGCUACAAGAACUUACCAAAGAGAAUGAGCAGCUGCGGACUUCACAUAAACAAGCUAUGGAGCUGAUCAAAGAGAUUGAGAUCAAGCUUCAUUUUUCCCAAGAUCAAGUGGUUAGAUUGUCUAGCGAACUUGCUGAGGUUCAGUCACAGUGUGGUGACUAUUAUGUUUUGGAGUCUGAAACAGAUCAAGGAGAAUCUGGCUUUCAAUCCUUUCAAAAUGAGGAUGUUAGGAGUCCAACUCUAGUGGACUCCUCAAGCUCACUAAAUACCACACUGACACCCAUGUCACCAGAUGAGCUGGCACAAGAAACAGUUGAAGACAGCAAUGAUACUGGAACAAUAAUAUCCGAUCAACCGGCUGAGAUACAAAUAAAAAGAACAUCGAGUGGUAAAUCCCCGUCAAAAAUUCCUCGAUAUAUUGGGAAUUCUGAUGAUCCAAGAGCUGCACAGAUAUCUUAUUACAUGUCACUAAAGAGAGGGUUGACGAGCCCAGGUAGCUCUCAGGCGAAAUUUUUCAUACAAGUACAAAACUCACACAAUCCUUACAUGCAGUUAGUGUCAUCAGAAAACUUGUCACGGAAGAAACUUUACGACAGCCAGUCUACUGUAGAUUCAGAGCUAGAAGACAGUGCCUUUGAAACUUACUUACAACCUGGUGAUCAAGUUUUCGAUGGAGAGGAAUUUCAUGCACAGCUUGGUGAAUUAGUUACACUUCAUUUAGAGAACCAAAGUUUAGCUCCAAGUGUUGCAAAAACUGAACAAGAGUCGCUAUCUGACAGUAGGUCAUCUGUGGGUUCUUUAACAGAACCGACUGUGUCUCCCAAUCCAAUAUACCAAUCUCUUGAACAGGAAUUAGAUUCAGCCCAACAAGAAAUAGAUUCAGCAAGAACUUGUUUAGAUUCUGUGACAGAAAGUCAAGUGUCAGUAGAUAGUGGUGUGCCACUUUCACCACCUCCACCUCCUGUUCCUCCACGUUUUGAGCCUGAAAAUGCUGUACCUCCGCCUGUGCCGCCAGUGCCAAAAGCUAACUUGCGGGAACAGCCACAGGAGGUAGUAAGAAUGGAAGCUAAUUUUACUAGUUACCUAGCAGAAACAGAACUUCAGAGUGAGGAGGCCCCUCAAGUUAAUAAAGAAGAUGUGGCAGUAGCAUUGUUACAGGGUGGAAUUCAGUCCUGGAUGUGGAAUGAUGAUUCAGUCGGCUCUGAUUCUCCUCCUUUUGGGACAUUGGAGAACAACACCAAAGACCUCAAUAUGCUGACGGUAUGAUGUACAGAUGAUAGAAUUUAAUGAUAACUUGACGACGUAUACAUUCCUCAAGUUCUAUGAGUUUCCAUUCAGCUUAAGUAAAGCUUGAAUGAUGUCAAUACUUCAAAUUCCACUUGGGAGACCACAUAGAUGUUUUGACGCUGAAAACUCUCUUGAAGUUUAAAACUGUCCUGUACCCAAGUAACGUCUUGCCUGUCAGUGGAAGGUGUUCAAAGAAAACUAAUAAAUAUAAAAUUGAAAUUUUUGAGUUUGUGCUUCAGGUAAUAGGUAACUACUGAUGUACUAGGCCGAAAGUCAUUCCUAGUAGUGCCCCAAAUAUGCACAUCCGUCUAGCUGUUUCAGGACUUCUGUAAUGAUGUCCUCAAAUAUCCUCCUUCAAGAAACUUGACUUGCCUGUCAGCCAAAAAUGAUAAAUUUAUUUAUUUUUGAAAACAUACAUGUACGUGAGAAGUUAAUUUACUCAUCUAGACUUGUCCAUACAUUGCAGGCAGUACUCAUAUUCUUAUUUGACAGAAUUUUUUAAAGUUUUGUUGUAUUUUCUGUUAAUUGGUUUUAUUUUUUAACCCAAAUUUUUGA